AUGUCUCUUGGCCUUGAUGACUGCCUCCAACAAUACAUUAAAAAUUUUGAAAGGGAAAAAAUCAAUGGAGAACAGCUGUUGCACAUCACUCAUCAAGAACUUGAAGAACUGGGAGUCACUCGCAUUGGACACCAAGAAUUGAUCUUAGAAGCAGUUGAUCUGCUCUGUGCAUUGAAUUAUGGUUUGGAGACAGAAAACCUGAGAACACUCUCUCACAAGCUGAAUGCCUCAGCCAAAAAUCUUCAGAACUUUAUAACGGGUAGAAGGAGGAGUGGCCAUUAUGAUGGCAGGGCCUCCAGACGACUGCCAAAUGAUUUUCUUACCUCUGUUGUUGACCUGAUUGGUGCUGCAAAGAACUUGCUAGCCUGGCUGGACAGGUCUCCAUUUGUCAGUGUGACAGAAUACUCACUGCUGAAAAACAAUAUUGUUCAACUGUGCCUGGAAUUAACAACCAUCGUGCAACAGGAUUGCACAGUAUACGAAACAGAAAAUAAAAUUCUUCAUGUGUGUAAAACUUUGUCUGGAAUCUGUGACCACAUCAUCUCUCUCUCAUCUGACUCUCUGGUGUCUCAGUCAGCACAUCUUGAAGUAGUUCACCUUACUAGCGUUAUGCCCAGUGAGGGCUUGGGGAUGUAUAUCAAGUCAACAUAUGAUGGGCUGCAUGUAAUCACUGGGACUACUGAAAAUUCUCCUGCAGACCAGUGUAAGAAGAUCCAUGCAGGGGAUGAGGUGAUCCAGGUCAACCAUCAAACUGUGGUUGGCUGGCAGUUAAAGAACCUUGUAAAUGCAUUGCGGGAAGACCCAAAUGGAGUGAUCUUAACCUUGAAGAAACGUCCUCAAAACACCCUGGUUUCUGCUCCUGCACUUCUGAAGAAUGUGAGGUGGAAGCCUCUAGCACUUCAGCCUGUGAUUCCAACCAGUCCAACAAGCAGCUCCACAACACCAACCAGCACAAUGGGCAUGUCCACAAAAAUUGACAGCUCUGCUCUUCAGGACAUUUUCAUCCUCUCUCCCAUGUCAGGACUUUAUGGCCCAAGGGAUGAAAUUGGAAUAAUGUCUUGUGAUGACAUCAGCAAAUAUGGAAAGUCUGGAAUGAAAGGCUCCGAGUCACCUAGCUACUUUCUGGAGCAUGAAAGUGGAAAGUAUUACACAUUAAUUGAAGAUGAGGGCCAUCCAAUGAGCUCUGAGUAUGAGAGAGGCAGAACCACAGGAGUUCGGAGAAGAGAAAAGACACCCACUCAUGGUGACUUGAGGCCUGUUUCUAUGCCUACAGAGUUCAGCUGGAUAGGGGAGUCAAAAGAACCAAACAUGUACAAGAGAGGCAGCCGAGACUCGGAGAAUUCACUCCUACGAUACCUGAGUGAUGACAAGAUCUUGGUGAUCCAAGAAGAGCCUUUGACACAGAAAGACAACAAGAGAGACACAGGCCGCAGGUCAAGGAAAAAGGGCAAAAACACAAGUAGUCCGAACUAUCCAAUUAGCCCAUCUGUGUUAACAUCUACAGUUAGCGUUAGGCUGGAACCUGGGCAGCAAGAUGUCCUGAAUUUCUCAUUAGCUGAAAGCAACACUGUUCCACUGUACCACAGAGCAGGGGAGACAAUCGGUGGAGAUUCUGAAAGGUACGCUAGUUCUGCCAGUGACCGUCAAGGGAGCACAUCCAUGAGGAAGUCUUUCCACUACGCUUCCCUGAGGGUAAAAACCAAAAAAUGGUCCAAAGGGAGCUCUCUGACUAGUGGGAGCAGGAGGCGGAUUUCCUGCAAAGACUUGGGCCAUGGAGAUUGUGAGGGCUGGCUGUGGAAGAAAAAAGAUGCCAAAGGUUACUUUACACAGAAAUGGAAAAAAUACUGGUUUAUUCUGAAGGAUUCUUCACUGUACUGGUACACAAACCAGAAUGAUGAAAAAGCAGAAGGAUUCAUCAGUUUACCUGAGUUCAGGAUAGAUAGAGCCAUUGAAUGCAGAAGGAAACAUGCCUUCAAAGCAUGCCACCCAAAAAUUAAGAGCUUUUACUUUGCAACUGACUGUCUUGAAGAAAUGAAUAGAUGGAUGAACCGUCUGGGUCUUGCAGCCAUUGGUUAUACACCUGAUGACAAGAAUAUUCGGCCAGAUGAAGAUUACUGGAGUGAAAGUGACCAGGAUGAUAUUGAUGGCUCUUUAACCCUGAAACAGGAAGGCCCUUCAACACGAUGUGACACCUACCAUCGAACACCCUCAGUGAAUUCUUCAAGUCCAUUCCCUGAACCCAAACAUGGUCGACACUUUUCAAGCGAAUCUACCUACUCUUAUUCUUCUGCGGAGGAUUCCCGACAAGAUGCCACAGGAAGUACACACUCGUCAGGAUGCAGACCUCCCUAUCGAGAAAGGCGCUCAUGGCAGGACCUGAUAGAGACCCCCUUAACCAGUUCUGGCCUCCAUUUUCUUCAGACUGUUCCUCCUGACCCAGAAUACAUGAGUGGCCGACCUGGAAUGUCACCAGAGAGGCGAAGACAAGCAACAUUACCAGUCCAAAGACGUCACAAUCAUGAACGAGAUGGACCUUUCCCUUUGGUGGAGUGGCAAAGAGGAUAUAGUUCUCAUAACAGGCCCCAGAAGCAACGUAGUCAAAGCCUUCCACGAAACAGAGAUGUCAGGGUCAAAGGGCAUGUGAAGUCUUCAGGCAUAACAGAAGAGAAGCCUGAAGAGAAACUUCUUAUAAAAAAGCAAAAUAGUUUCUGUGAAGAAGAAAACAUAAAGGAAAUCAGGGAAAGUACAGAUGGUCUGCAAGAGCUGUACAAGUCUUUGGAACAAGCCAGCUUGUCAGCCUUUGGAGAGCAGCGUCCUUCUACCAAGCAGGAAUUCCGGAAGUCUUUUGUAAAGAGGUGCAAUGAUCCAAUUAUCAACGAAAAACUUCAUCACAUCAGAGUUCUCAAGAGCACUUUAAAAGCAAAGGAAGGGGACCUGGUAACUAUCAACAAUCUUCUGGAUGAUCCUAACUUGACAUCAAAGAAGUUCAAAGAGUGGAAGAUAAAGAACUAUGAAUUUUUCCUGGACAUUUGUGAGUACAGCGCUGCUCUGAAACCUCAAAAUGGAGCCGCUGAACUUGUAACCCCCGCACCACUGCUGACACACACACAUUCAUUCAUUGAAACACAUGUCUGACAGGACUAGCACCAUGAACACUUGCUGGGUGCCAUGAGAAAUCCAAUAUGGCAAACUCUGUAAUAUUUGUAAACGUACUCAGCAGUACUGUAAAUAACUUGGAUAAGAGAAUAGUGCCACAGGAUGCCUACUACAUUGCAUGAUAAGUAUUAUUCUGUUCUGAAUUAUUUUGUUUGCUAUUAUCAACCAACAUGCUUAUCAAGUUCUGCAUUAGAAAGAAGCAGUGCAGAAGUGUAAUGGAAAAUAUAUACCAGUAUAUUUAUUUAAGGACUGUACUAAAGCUAAGCUUAUAGUAAUGAGUUCUUACAACCAUUUUAUAUAUUUAGAUAUAUAUAUUAUAUGUAAACAUAUCUACGUAUAUAAAAGGUAACAUGGUAGUUUAUAUUUAUUUUUUAAAAUACCCUAAAAUUCACCUUUUCACAAGUUUUUCUUGAAGGAAAUAUAUAAAAAAAAUACACUGGCCACUCUUAGGGGUGCACAUUUUUUUCCAGCCUUUCCAAGCAGUGGUAGCUACCAUCUUUAUGAAAUUACAGAAGACCAGAGUAAUAAAAAAAAGUAAACUUAACCACUUUUGUGUGCCUUACAAUGUAUAGUGUAUAUAUCCAGCAAAUAGACUCUCCUUCGGCCCUAUGGGCAUACUGUACAUGCCACUUUGAUGUUGUGCUUAUUUUUAAAAGAAUGAGCUUGCCUUUAAAAGCAGUGGCCAUAGGCAUGCAAGUGUGGCACAGAAGAGGUUAAGAUACAAAUAGAAGAAACCUGGUUGUUCACCGAUGCUGUCACUUGAACUGACUUUUCUAUCUACUUUGAAAUGUUUCAUGGUAAAAGAAAAACAUCUGCUUCUGAAGAUGGUAGCUAUGGCAGUUUUCAUAAUCACACCACUGUGAAUUUAGUGCCACAAACCUGUGAGUCAUAAUUAUUAAAAUAUUGUUAUCUGAGGCAUCAAGACUGAGAAUUAAGUAAAAGAUUCUUGAACUGAUCAAUUGUUUGUAUAUCAGACUGUCAUAGAGCUGGGUAAAGAAUUCAUACUGUUCAAAAUUAUUCACCAUGUAAUUCUUUAUCUGUAGAUACUUCAUGAACAAGUUAAUUGCAAGUAUUCAAUUCAGUAUUUGAAAUUCAAUCUGUAUUAGUUAGUUUUAAAUGGAUGCAUAAAAUCACAUGGUUUCUUUCUGUUCCCUGCUUAGAAACUUGAAGAAUCAGGUUUUUGGAGUGAAUAGUUCCAUUUAUGAAAACAAAAUCUGCUUUCCAUAAAUAUUCUUGAAUAUGCACUUAAAACUCAAGUUCCUGCUAGUAAACUUAUUUAUUAGAAUAUUCUCAGAAAGCAAACAGAACAGUCAAAGCAAUUUCAUAUAUAAAUUCGAAUAAAUAUUUGCAGAAAAAUCUUUUUGCAGUAUUUGCCCAGUUCUAGUUUCACAGAAGAAAUCAAAUUGUAAAGUUCAAAUUAUUUGUGAUAUGAAAUGAAAAAAAAAUGGCUCAAGGAGAUAAAUUUACUUACUUUAUAGAGACAAGAAUUUAGUGAGAAAGCAUCCUUUUGUUUAGUUCAUUUACGAUAUAGUUCCUGAAAAAAAGGAAUGCUACUCACUUAUUUUUCUGUUAGCACUAUUACACCACCAUUUAUUUGAACCACAAUGGACACAGUGGUAAAAAAAUUCACCCUGAAAUAAUUCCAAGAUAUAGUUAUAUUAUUAGUAGAAGAGUAUUACUGACCGUUAUAUUGGGUUCUCUGCAUCACACCAGCUCUUGAAUCAUGAAAUCAUUGCACUACAAUUAUAAUUACAUUUGGAUAGAACAUACAAAAUAAGUGCAUUUAGGUUCCUAAUUUGGCAAAGCAAUUAAGUCCAUGCUAGGUCCCAUUGAGGUCAAUGGGCCCGUAAGCAUGGGCUUAAAAGGGUAUGAUCCUGCUGCUGCUUAAAUUAAUGGCAAAAUUCCCAUUGACUUCAGAGGAGCAGGAUUAAACCCUAAGUGCUCUGCUGACUAGUGAUGGAUUUAACCAUGCACUUAAAGUUAAGCCUGUGCCUAAGUGCUUUGCUGAACUGGAGCAAUAAUGAAGGUGCAGGGAAUAGACCGAGAAAAACUUGCCAUCACACAUUCACCAAAAUCAGAGUUGCGAUAUUCAUGCAAACAGUAAACACAAAUCUGAAUGUAUUUACUAUGUGAACAUUUUAAUUAGUGCACCACUGAAUAGAAAGAGCAUGAGAAGAGGUAUCUUUCUAACUUUUGUUCAUAUCAGAUCUAUAAAUAUUAUAGAUAUAGAUAUAGAUAUAUCUCACUAUUUUUUUAUUGCUGUCCUCCAUAUCGUGUGGAAGGAGUAUUAUGUAUUGAAAUAAGCAAUGGUGUAAGGUGGAAAAGCCACUUUGAAAUUGUACUGCAUACUGUAUGUGCAUUAACAAGAAGCUAUAGAUAGUCACAGAAUACUAAUUAAAUGGAUUGUGCUUUUGGUGUUCUUACUGAGAUUUAAACAUCUGCAUUUUGUUUCAAACCCAAACCACAGUCUGUGCUUUUGUACUAAGAUUUUAAAACAAUACUCAAGAGGGAUUCCAUUGUAUUGUAACCCAAAGAUGAAAAAUGCCACUUGACUGGAGAACAUGUUAAAUUAAGUUUUCGGUAAACAUUAAGAAGUGAACUUACACUCUUCUUCUCAAAUAUUAAUUGGAUAGAGCUAAAAUAGAAAAAUAAUAUUUUUUCUUAGUGGAUAUGUGCCUCCAAAAAUAAACAAAAAUGAUAGCUAAGAGACUGGAUCGCAACCUUCAUUUCUCAGAGGGUUUAGUAUAAUUAAAAGAAAAAUAAUCAAAGGUAUUUCUGAAAGAUAAUGAGUGGCUGAGAUUAGACUAGGCCAUAAAACUAAUCCCUCCCAUGGCUAAGAGAUCACAACUUCUUUUGAUCAUAUUUUCUUAAAGCUUUCCUCGGCAUGAGUCUAUUCGUUUUGAAGUUCUAAGUGAUAUGAGUCUAUAUUUUACUCUUGGAGAGCCAUCCCCAUCAAAGAAGCUAAAAUGUGUUUUGGUUAUUCAGGAUUUUAAAAAGUGAGCUAAUAAGGAAAAUGAACUAUUUUUCCUUUUAGUAUACUCUGGAGAGGUUUUUCAUGGCUGGGGUUGAGACAAACUGGGAGAUAGGUUUGGAGCAAUGCUUAGUCCCUAGAACAAGAAAAAAAAUAUUUCUAAGUCUAAAACAGUAUUUUUAUUCUUUUAGCUUUUACAAAUAUCACUAACAUGUCAAUAAAGACAAAGAAUUUUGACACAUUUACUUACAUGCAUACAAAAUUCUGUACAAUAAAUAAGAAUCAGUUAAAGCUAAUUUGCUAAGAAAAUGUCAACCAAUGUAUGCCCCUCAAUUUCUGUUUAAUAUUAGGAGAAGCAGAGUUUUACUUUCUAAACCAAACAAGACAAGACUUUCUGUAUUUAGGUUUAAAAAAAAACACUUGAGAAUAAAGAUGUGGAGUUCUUUAAGUUAAAAUAAGAAAUUGUUUUUAAAAUGUGAAUUAUACAUCCUACAUUUUAAAAAUAGCCUCCAUCUUUUCCACUGAAUAAAAUAAAUUACUAGGCUGGUUAAUACAGACAUUUUGUUUGACAUAUGAGGUCAGAUGAUUGGCUCUGCUUCUUCCUAUUUUGCCUUCUCAGGCUGUGCAAGAAAGUCAAAAAGCUGCCCUAAAAGAGGCUGUUAGAAAUUUAUCUUGGCAUAGAAGAAUCUCAGAAGAAAAGAAUAUAGACAGAUCUACUCCACCAGUUCUUGCUCCCAGUGUAAAAGGUGUCAUAAGGGCAGGGCUAGGGAACACAGCAUUCCAGUGAACCUUGUGGCAUAAUGGCACUGAGGCUGUUCAAAUUUGUGCUCAUAGUUGGCUCAGCUCCUAGCCAGCCCUGAGGUUCGGGGAAGACAAAAGAUGCCUUAGACUUAGAGCCAUCUGCCUCCCCACUGCUUCAGCUGUGCAAAGCUCUGCUCCAGUGCAAUGAGGUUUGGAGUCCAUAGUGUCUCUUGGAUAAAUAGUUACCCGUGGAAGCUGGAUUUAUUUAUCUAUCUAUAGAUACUGUUGAAGAUAUUAUAUAUUAUACAAAUGCUGCACAAACCUGCAUUAGCACAAAUUGUUUAGGGGUUUGUGACCUUUAAGCCAAUUGGAAUACAAGUUGUGAUCCAAAGAUUUUAUUUAUAAUCUGAAAUCAGUGGCAAAAUUUCCUGAUCCAAAUUUGCUCUAACACCCCAUCUAGUCCUGCUGAAAUCAAUAUGGUUGCAUAUGAGUAAGGGCAGGAUUGGCUCUCUCUUGACUUCAAUGGUGGCGCAAAAUCAAGCCCAGAAUCAAUAUAUAAUAUUUAUUAUUUCAAUAGAAUUCCUGCCUGAAUAUUCAGAUAAAUCCUGUAUUCUUAUCUUCAACCACAUAAACAAUAGGUUUGGAUGUAUUUCAUUUAUUCAAAUGUUUUCAAAAUUAUCCAAACACUUUGAGCCUUUAUUCAGACUUUCUGCCUGUAAUAUUUUUAACCAAAGAUGUCACUGAAUCAGCAUGGCUUUCCUGCGACUCCACAAACUUCAGUAUGUCUUUUUAUAACUGAUUGUAUGCUUUUCACCAGCCACCCUCUUUUUUUAUUAUUAUUAUUCUUCCAUUUCCUCUAAAUACAGAUCUUUGAUCAUCCCGAUAUCUAUCUAUCUCAGUAGCACUUCCUGAAGGGUUUGAGACAUUUUUUAUUUUGUCAUAUUAUCAAAUGAAAAUGUCCCUGAACUCAUUCUGUUUAAUAAAAAGAAAUAAUCAAAGGAAAAAAGAAGCUCUAACAAGUUGCAACAUCAGUAUUCUUUAAUAUAAUCAUGGAGCACAGAUGUUGAGUCAGAUGUUAUCUCUUAUCCCAGUUCCUACAUGCAAAAGCAAACACGGGCCAUAGCUGUCACACAAAGGGGGAGACAACAGUGUAGAGCUGUCAUCAUGGGUAUCAGAGGCAUUAUCUCCAUAGUGCAAUGAAGAUUCUGAACUGCGACACAGCCGCUAGACAAGCCGUCAGGAGGCUCCUGUAAAUUAGAGUAGCUCUUGGCAGCUCUAAUUUGCUUUGGGGCCUGCACUGACCCCUCAGUAACCUGCAGUCCUGAGGGUUCAAAGGUGAAUUAAAGUCAUCUUUGCCCCACCCCCACCCCCCGGGCUGCACUUUCUCAAACAUUGACAGGAGAUUCUUUCUUUCUUUCUUUCUUUCUUUCUCUUUAGGCCUAAGAACCAUCUUGUCUUGUGCCAACUUUAUGGUCCUUCUUUCCCAAAUAGCCCAUAAGCACCUCUUGGAUUAGGAUAGGUCCUACUGCCACAAGGCAGCCCUGAUCAUUUGUUAUCAAGAGACUCAGGUAGCCACUAUGCCAAACAGAGAAUUUUGAACUUGGAAUGUUGAUCAUCAGUCCAUUAUCAGAGCCGGGUCACUACCCAUUUGUAUAUUAACUGGAAAACUGGCGCAUCAUUUGUCUUUUUUUUUUUUUGAGUGGGGGGUGACAAGAGAAGCGGGAGAGGGAGUGGCAUCCAUACGAUUGAUGCAGGGAGUUCUCAGGUUUUGAAGAACCUUAGCUGAAAACUUAACUUUACCCCAACUUCUCCUCUUUAAUUAUAGUUUUCUAGGUCAAAGUAUGCAUGCUGUAUGUGUCAAAGUAUUGCAGUUUGGGGAAGGGUACCAUUUGAAAGCUUUUACUAAGGAAGGUUUCAGAGUAGCAGGUGUGUUAGUCUGUAUCCGUAAAAAGAACAGGAGUACUUGUGGCACCUUUUCUAAGGUGCCACAAGUACUCCUGUUCUUUUUACUAAGGAAGUUCUCCAGUUGUUCUACAGAAAUCUUGAGUCCUGACCAACCUCUUACUGAAGUUGAUGGGUGUCUUACUACUGACUUUAAGGGGAUUUAGAUUGGACUGCUGAAAGGGUAGAGACUGGGAAUGUUAUCAGUGGUGAUGAAAGUGUUGACAUCAAAAUUAAGAUUCUGGCAGAAAUUCCAUAUCGUGCCUAAAGUACAGUACAUCUCUGAGGAACAUUAUGAAACUCCAAGGGCCAUUAAACUCAGAUCCAUUAAAUCUGAUUUUGUACUUCUCCAGUGACACAAAGCACACUUAAGACCAUCUGAUCUGGGUCUCUGACUACUAUCUCAACAUGCAAUCUCCUGCAAUCCUCCAGUGGCACGAAGCCACCAUGCUGUGUAAAGCCCUCUCACUCACCAACACAGUGCAUGUGCCUAUGAGAAAGGGAACAUAGCUGGGGUUUCUUUACAUUCUGGCAAACCCUGGCUGUCAGCCCCUUGGAGCUGUUGGAAGUCACUGUGAGACAGAGCUGUCUGAAUGCCUAAGGUUUGGGCCAACAUUUAAUGGCAGGGAGUCACAAAGGUGACUUAAAGCAAUUUUUGCUCCCUUUAAACACGCUGGACUUGUGCCAGGUGCCACUUAGCUGCUCCAGAGAAUUUGAGCCCAAAAGCUUAACUGUCCCAUGACACAAGUGUCCCAGAAAGACCUGUGAGACUUGAGACUGUAUGAGGUCAAUUGACCUCAAAGUAUAAUUUAAUUUACAGACUAAAUGCCAAUUUACUGAUGCAGGUAAAUCAGAAAACUGGGCUACUACCAUGAACCCAAUCCUGAAAAGAGUCAGCAAGGAUAUCAGGGAUCUGCCUGCAUGGAUUGUUCUGCGGGAUUGGGGACCUGUUCGUCUAAAAUGUCCGCCACAGCACACCAAUAUUCAAACUGUGCAAAUGUUAAUGUAAUAUCUACAAGGGAGAACUUCCUAAAGUGGCAUUUAAUUGGCUUAAGUUUCAAAAUAUGGAAACUAGGCAAUUGUAGGGAAGACAUAAGGGGUAUGUCUACACUGUAAUAAAACACCUGUGGCUGGCUCAUGUCAGCUAACUUGGGCUUGCGGGGCUCAGGCUACAGGGUUAUAAAAUUGCAGAGUAGACAUUCG